AUGUUCAAUGCAAGCAUCUCAGAUGCUAUCCCUGAUUGGUUUGGAAAUUUAUUCCGGACUUGCAGUGCAAUACAUCUCUCUAAAAAUGAUAUUAGAGGAAAACUCCCCAUGAGUGUUGAAGAUGGUUCCAUGAGUGAAUUCAAGUUUUCAAGCAAUCAUUUGACUGGUGAAAUUCCAAAGUGGCUAUGCAAUUUAAAAGGUUUAAAUAUCUUUGAUAUUUCUUCAAAUAAGUUGUCUGGAGAAAUACCUUCGUGCUUUGGAGAACUACAAGAGUUGAAAUAUUUAGAUUUGGGGAAUAACCAUUUAUAUGGUCACAUUCCAAAUUCAUUGGGAUCUCUAAGUAAACUCUACUCUCUGCACUUGCAGAACAACAAAUUUGAAGGGGGACUCCCUUCAAGCUUGCAAAAUUUAACAAGGUUGAUCACCUUGGAUUUAAGUGAAAAUGGAUUAAUGGAUGUUAUUCCUCCUUGGAUCGGAGAAAACCUAGCAAGUCUGAGGUUUCUUAAUUUUCGGAAAAAUAAUUUCUUUGGAGAUAUUCCAUUGCAAUUGUGUUACCUGAAUGAUCUUCAGUUGUUGAACUUGGCAAAUAACAACAUUUUUGGGUCUAUCCCUCGGUGUUUCAACAACUUCACUGCAAUGGUUAACGACUCAAUAACUGGGCGUGGUAUCAAUUCUGCCAUGUAUGAGGAAAACAUUUAUGAAGAUAUAAAAAGGGAAUCAUAUAAUUGGAGAGAUCCCAACACAACUAAUGUGUUUGCUUUCAUUGAAUAA